AUUUAUGUGCGGUAUUCAAAUGAAGGUGUUGUGUUUCCUCGUCCACCCAUUUUCGGAUUUUCCUAUCGACCAAACACGCCGCAUGCUCUUUCUGAUUCAAAUGGGUUUUGCAAUGCAAUGCUCGAUUUGUCUCCCUCUUCGAUUCCCCAAAACCCCUCUUUCUCUUCAUCCUUACCAAUGGAACCCAUUCAAGGGUUCCCCAAAGAAUCAAAGGAUGCUACUUUCCGCUGUCAACGAUGACCGAAACUCAAACCUCGCUUCUGCCAAGAAAAGAAAAGUUGUGGAACACGUUUGUCUGCUUAAAGCAAAAGAUGAAUUGUCUGAAGAGGAAGAGAAUGACAUGCUGGACCAUCUCUAUACAACACAAUAUCAAAUGGGUGGUGUCGUUGCCAUUUCCUUAGGGCGCAUUUCUGACCCAAAUCCUGAGCAUCUUACGCAUGCUCUAUAUAUGCGCUUUCAGAGGAAGGAAAGCCUUGACAAGUUCUAUGCGAACCCAUUUUACUUGAAAGUUCUCAAGGAGCAUGUAAUGACUUACUGCCAUGGAUUGAUUAAUGUGGAUUAUGAAUCAGAAGUGGAAGAUGAAAUUCUUUCUAUAUUUCGGAAGGGAGAGGAUUUCAACCAGGGAGUGGAGUUUGUGCUUCUAAUAUUAUUUAAUGAUGGUGUACUGGGUAACCUAGCCGAACACGCGUUGGCCUCUCUAGCAUCGCUGAUGUUGGGAUCUCCUUCCUUGAUAGUCCAAUUUACUCACGGUUUGAAUUUUAAUCCAAGCUCUAAGGAGUACACUCAUGGAGUAGUAGUACGAUUUCGAUCAGUUGAGGCAUUUGAGAUAUUUAUUGACAGCAAAGAAUAUAAAGAUGUAUGGCUUUCUGAGUUCGACCCUAUUGUCCAGAAAUCAUUAUCACUCCAUUACUCCGUUGACCCAGUGGGAACUGAAAUUAUGUAAUGAGUAAUUUCUGUGGGUUUUUUGACUGGAAAUGCGGCUUGGUUUCCUCUGCUUUUUACAACAGGGAUGGAUAUUUUCUUGUUUAUUUUUACCUGUUUGAUUUGUUGUGAAUUAUGAAUCAAUAUUAUAUUUGGUCAAUAUCUGUGUCUCAGGGAUAUGCUUCUAGUGAGAUUGUGAGAAGAGUAAUGAUUUUUCUCGAGGCUCGAGAGUUGGAUAAGUGGUCUUGAGUUAAAGUCUCUGGUUGAAGUGUCUUACUUUUCGUCAGCAAUCCCGCUGAACCAAUUUUUUCUUCUUCUCCAUCUUUACUAAUAUUGCUACUAGCCUCUUGAUCCUAGCGUUUCUGCAUGAUCCUUAAAAAACUUGGCUUAUCAUGCACCACCUGCACUGUUUGAGUACAUAGAUUUAGAAUCCAUUGAACAAAAAUAAAACUGAUAUUUUACCUAGAUGUACAAUAGCCUAAGUUUUGUCUAAUAAAUUAAUCCUGGUUGCUAGUUGGCAUAAUAUAGCCAACCAUGUCAGUAGUGCGUUGACAUACUUAUUUUGCUUUGAGGCCACUUCAGUUGUUUAGUGAGUUACUAUCUUUUAGCUAUUGAAUAAUAAUAAAACUUCAGGUAUAAUUUUUCUUUUUCAGUUAUUAUGGAGAUAAUUUUAAAGUAAAUUACAAAAUGAUUAUGUUUACAUCUUUAAUGGGAAAAUAGAAUAUUUUACACACGAUCGGCCUGCAAAAAAAAUCUGUCUAACUUGAUAAGCAGCAGAUUGGUAGAUUGCUGAUCAAUUAUGAAGUGGGUUUGGACCACCUGGUACAUCUCUUAGAGAGACUCCAUAAAUAGGGUGGACCUUUUCUUUGCUUGGUUCUUGUUGUAUCCUUGUAUAGGAAUGCCAUGUGAAUUGCUGAAAAUUGAUUCUCUUUUUUGUUUGCUUGAU